CCCCUCCCCAAUCACCGAAAUGUCUGGGGUAAUUAUUAAAUAUGAAUUUAUUUAUAUGCAUUUGUCUUAUAAUAUUAUUUGUUUUCUAUUAUUUAUUAUUAUAUUAUCUGCUAUUAUUUUUUUCUUACCAAAACCAAAAGUUUGCCCAAUAAAUAAUAAUACACCAUAAAAUCAUAAUAUACCUCAUAUUAUGCCUUUGAUUUGAUAAGUAGUGAACUAAUAACUAUCAGAUUUCAAAAUAAUAUUCAACACAUAUUACUGACUUAAUAGGCAUAACAUAGCUAUAAUGUAUUCAACUUAUUGCCUGGUAAAAAUAUAGAAAAUUCAUAUAAAAAAAGGCAUUUUCACCGCAUUGCUGACUAGCAAUAAUCGCCGCCGUCAUUGUAAUGGUAACCAAAAUAUCCGUGUUGUUUUAAAAAUUUUCAAUUUUGUUACAUGAAUAGUAAGAAGCAUUGUAACGUAUAUUUAAUUAAAUAUACAAAUUAGAAUAAGCAUCAACUUCCUCAAUACUUACUAGUUAUUAUUUAGCAUUGUAUGAGAGUAGUAAGUGAUUAAUGAUUACAAUUAUUGUAGUUGCUAAGGGAACAAACAAAUAGUAUUCUAGUACCUACAGUCUUAUAAAAAAAAAGAAAGAAGAAAUAGAAGAUAUCUUCUGUUUACAAGAUUGUCUAUAAAUCAUUAUUUCUAUAAUAUAGAUUUGUGUAAGUGGUCAACUCGUUUAAUAAAAAAUGAAUGUUUGUCAUUAAAAAGUAUUUCAUUUUAAGUUCAUUUUUUAGAAAGAAUAAUAAUAUGGUCUUUAACUUAAGUUUGAAGUUGUCAAAUGUCGAUCGUCGAUCUGUUCAUUUAGAAUGGAACAGGCCACAAGAUGUUAUAGAGCCCCUUUUCAAAUUAGUUAUGAAUGAAAACAAUAACAAUGAUGUGGUUAUAUACAGAGGAUUUCAUAACUAUUUUUGUGUUAAAAACUUAUCUGGUGGUCACAAUUACAAAUUUAAGCUGCAGGUGGAGUCACAUAAUGCAAGCUCGGAGAAUUCAGUGAUUGGGAUAGCCACAGUCAGUUGUACUACAAAAAAUGACUUUCCCAGUAUCACCGCAUUUCAUCAUAGUGCCUAUCAAAAUUUACCAUUGCUCUUUCGGGAAUUCUUAGACACAAGAGCUCACGAUAUAAACAUUUACAAUGAGUUGGGUGAGAGUGGUCUGUCCAAAGCCUGUGCAGCUGGCCAUAAUGAUAUGGUACUUACUCUGUUGCAAUACGGAUCAGAUGUGAAUUUACCAAAUAUGUUCACUAGAAUUACACCGCUGAUGACUGCUGCUUACCAUGGACACGAUGACAUAAUAAGAAUAUUGGCUCGCAAUGAUGCCGAUGCUACAUUAAAAGAUAUAAAUUUAAAAACAGCACUUCAUUAUGCAGUUGAUGGAUCUCAUAAUAAUGCAGUAAAGAUGCUUCUGGAAGGAAAUUUGGGUGAUUUAAAUUCCGUGGACUCUAAAGGUUGGACUCCAUUAAUGAGAGCAGUAUUUAUGUUUACCGAUUUGGAUGUGAUCAAGACUCUUAUUUCAUAUGGUUCAGAUUUAAGUAUUAAAGAUAAAAAUGGUCAAGAUAUUUGGCAGCUGGCUCAUUUAUCAAAUAAUUGGAAAGCUCUAAAAAUAUUACCAGAUUAAAUUAUUAAGUUUUUUCAUGAUUUAUUAUAAGAAUGAGAAAAUAUGUUACUUUUACUUAAUAAUUGUUAACAUCCAAU